UUCAUUCACUGGGCCAUGGAACAAGUUUAUCCUUAAAAGAAUUGAACCCUGCCAAGUUUACGUUCGCAUUAGAUUUUGACAGUAUGAGAAAGCAAACUUGCACCGAGAGAGUCGAUGAUUUCGGGACUCUCAGCGUAGCGUUCUAUUGAUUAUCAGGGCUGUUUUGGUUGAUCGUCGGAUCCCGUGUUAUGAAGGAAAAUAUGAUCUUCAGGUAGAUAUUACAGCUUCUGUUCAUUUUGGGGCUUCGUACGGUAUACAUAAGUAAUAGGAACAUCGAUUUUGGCCGAGAAUUGUUUGAAAUGUUUACCUGCCUCGCAACAUGGAUACUUGUGGAAAAAUUAUCUUUAUCAAGGAGUUUUCGGGAGUUUAAAUAACUUUACACGAUAAAAGUUCAUACACUGUACACUGAGUUGAAUAUUGAUUCGAAGAAGAAGAGAAGAAUCGGGUUCCACGUGGAAAGCAAGGAAUUUGAUAUUUAUUACGGCAGUUUCGGCAUUAAUUAUGAAUGAAAAUUAGGAUAUAUGAAACAAGAAAGUUGUGAAGUAGAGAAGAGAUUGUGACAUGGUGCACGGGGGAAAUGUCGCUGGAUGUGCGAGAUUUCGAUGCAGAGUUUGUGAACUCGCGUCUUUUUGUGGCAAUCAAAGAGAAAAACCACCGGCACGUGUUGGCCUACAUAAAGAAAGGUGAUAAUGUCAACAACAGGUGCAAGAAGUCAGGAAUGACUUAUCUGCACGUUGUGAUAAAAUGUGCAAACCCAAUUUCCGAAACAAAAUACGUGCCAAUUAUUUACUUGUUUUCCAAUGCGGAUAUUGAGUUAAACGUGGCGGACAACUCAGGAACGAGUCCGCUCCAACUAGCAAUCAAACAUAAUCUGUUAGAGAUCAUGGAAGCUUUAAUCAAAUGUGGUACAGAAUAUAUUGUUGAUCCGGAGGAUACGCUUUUUUUCGGGUUACGAGGUCCGUGUGUUUAUGAAUUAAUCAACAAGUAUAAAUUCUUCAGCCCCGGUUAUUGGAACGCCGUGAAAGAGGACAAGGCGUUCCGGGUCAAUGUACUGGUCAAAUCGUGGUGCCGAAUAAACGUUUCCCAAAACGGAAUUACUUUGAUUGAGUUUGCCAAAAAAUCUUUCGCCUGUGAUAAAAUUGUCAAACAGCUGACCAAUAACGAGGCUUCCAUUGAAUUCGCCCAUGCUACAAUGGCAGGCGACAAGUUCCGAAUGAAAUACCUUCUGGAUCAUUACAAAAUUGACAUGGACAUAACGGAUUGUUCACACAGAGACAGCUAUUUUGAGCCCUAUAGCCCCCUAUCUUUGUACGGCGCGGCCCUUAAGUAUGGACAUAAGGAUAUUCUAGAACUACUACGGACAGAUAACAACUCUCAAGCAAACAAAGUUCAAUCGACUGUGUGCUCGGUUUCGUAACGAUAUGUGUGUUUAUUAUUAAUGUUUUUUAAAAUAAAUCAACAAAAUAUU